AUGGGUUUCAGUACAGUUAGAGAAAUCGUUAAAGAAGUUUGUGAGGCAAUAUGGGACAAUUUAGGCCCACUUAUUAUGCCAGAACCCACAGAGGAAAUGUGGAAAAAAGUUGCAGCAAGAUAUAAAACCAUGUGGCAUUUCCCAAACUGUAUAGGGGCUAUAGACGGUAAGCACAUAAAUAUACAGUGCCCUAUUAAUGUCGGAUCUACAUAUUACAAUUACAAGGGAAGCCAMUCUAUUGUUCUAUUAGCAAUAGUAGAUGCAGACUACAAGUUCAUUACAAUUGAUGUCGAAUCAUACGGAAGGAACAGCGACGGAGGAAUUUUUUCUAACUCAAUUAUUGGUAAAAAGUUGCACAACAAUACACUCAAUAUUCCGGAACCUAAUCCUUUAUUAGAAAAUGGAGAACCGUUACCAUAUGUUUUUGUCGGAGAUGAAGCGUUUCCAUUAAAACCAUAUUUGAUGCGUCCAUACAGCAGAAAUAGUUUAGGAGACAACGAACCUAAUAAAAUAUUUAAUUAUAGACUAUCACGAGCACGACGUGUCGUUUAA